AGAGUAAUUUCUAAAAUAUUCAGAUACAUUGUUACGUCAAGCUGGAGGUCUUUAGCGAUGACCUAUGACGUCAUAAUAGAGUUUUGUUUACACAAAAGUAGUGAAGAUCAGAGUAAGUCUCUGCUGUGAAUUUUAUGUACAAGAAGAAUAACUUUGUUCUCCAGGAAGAAACCUCAGGUGAAAAUAUGAAAAGAGAAGAACGUAUCGAGAAAAUUUUGACUGCGUUGGCCUGUCGGUCCACAGGAAUUCCUGAAGACAUGCUACCUAUACCUCAAAACUACGAGGAGAUCCUGGACUUUGGAGAAGAUCCAGUCUCAGACUACAAAUCCAAACUAGAAAUACUAAAAUUUGAGCGUAAUUGGAGUGACCUGGUAGAAGAGGAGGAAUUGCGACAGAGAAAUGCCUUAACAGUAAUUUUCGAAAAAGAAAGGAUUCGACCGCAGACAAAGAUCUUGCAAGAAAUGCUACAGGAAUUGAAGAGAGAAGUGUCCAACAAAGCAGAGACAGCGUUGAAGAAAGAAAAACUAAAGAGAAGAUGGGCAGAAAUACACCAAGAGAUGAUGGGAGUGAUAUCUGAUAAAAUGAAAAUGGAUCAACAACUUAAACUAGAAAAAAGAAGACAGAGGUCAAUGGACUUGGAACUAAAGAUAGUCUGGUCCUUGAUGACAGUAAAAAGAGAAAUCCAACAACUGAGAGUUGAACUAACAAGGGACAUGUUGAUGGGGCUGAAGAAAGAGGUGUCCAACAGAGUUGAAAAAGCAUUGACAAAAGAAGAACUGAAAGUGAAAUGGACAUCAAUUCACCAAGAGAUGAUGGGAGUGGUAUCAGAUAAAAUAAUGAUUCAACAAGAAAUGGAUCUAGUGAAAAAGAAAAAGAGGUCAUUGCACUUAGAACUACUGACAGUGAUACGCAUGAUGAAUAUAAGAAAAGAAAUCGAAGAACUUAGAGAAUCCAUGAGGAACAAAGCCGAAGAUGCCAGAACAGAAAAACACAAUGAAAGAGAAUUAGAAGUGAUGAAAUCAAAUGAGAAAGAUAACACCUGCAAUCAGGACAAUCUGGAAACACCAGAAUCUGGUGAAAUUGAGACUUUCAUCCCAAGGGAAUUGUUUCUUUUUAACAUUGAAACUUUCAAAAUGGAUUCAAAGCAUGUUGAUGAAGGUGCACAGGAAUGUAGCGGUACAUGUAGUAAUUCUGAGAGUGAAAUGAUUGAGUGCACGCCCACUGCAGAUGAGAGGUCCAAUGUGCCAAAAAAGAAAACUCUGAAAUCCAAGAUCCAGAAAUUCUUCCGACUGAGAUCAUAAAUAGAGACUGGGACAUUAGCAAAUUAAUGGAUAUCAACUUUAACAUGAAUGAAAUAUUUCAUGAAAAUUUGUCAUACAAACUGUUUAUCUUGCAUUUAAACCAUUAAUUAAACUAACAAAUUACAUGAAA